GCAUUCUGAUUAGGUUGGCAACAUCGAAACACAUUCUGAGGAAAAUACUUUUUUAGGCUUGACGACACUUAAAAAUUGACACUAAAUGACAUGAAUUGUCGUUUAAGUGCGAAUAUAUUUAUGUAGGCCCAGUUAUAGGAGAUAAUGAUAUAAGAUUAUUGGAAACUACCUCAUUCGUUUCUUACAAGUUGCACUUAUUUGACUGAUCAUGGCUAAACGUAAGAAUCAAGCUCCAAUUUAUAGUGAUUGUAGUGAUAAUUCGGAUAACGAUGUGGAUUCUGAACUGUUGAGUUUGUCUAACAAAAAGGGUAGAAAACGAAAAUCACCUGAACCAUUUUCCGAUUCAGAUUCAGAAAAUGAAAUUACAACAAAAAAACAUAAAGGGAGUCCUACUUAUACAGAUUCAGACAGUGGUGGUAACAGUAACUCAGAACCUGAAGAAGGGGAAGUCUCUGAUUCCAGUUCUUCUGAAGAAGAGGAAUUCAAUGAUGGAUAUGAUGACCAAAUGAUGGGUGAUGAAGAAGAUAGGGCACAUUUAGCUAGUUUAACGGAGAAGGAGAGAGAGACCGAGCUAUUCAAACGUAUUGAAAGAAGAGAGGAAAUGAAAACUAGGUUUGAAAUAAAUAAGAAGUUGAGACAAGCUAAGAAGGCAGAGAGAGCAAAAGAUAAACCUGCUAAAAAACACAAAGAAAAGAAAGUAAAGGAAAAGAAAGAAGAAGCACCUAGAAAAUAUGAAAAGGAUUCUGAUAAAGAUCAAAGUGAUCUCCAAACUGAUUUCAGUUCUAUUGAUCAUAAAGAACGUAGUAAGGAAAGAAAGAAAAACAUUGAAGAAAAUAGAGGAAAAAUGGAUAAACGUAUGAAUGCUAUGGCUGAACUGAAAGCAAGAAGAGAAGACAAGCAAAAACGUGAAGAGGCUGAAGAGAAGAAAAAAGAAGAACAAAGGAAAAAGGAUGAGAAAGAAGCAGAAGAGAAGAAAACUAAGUUAAAAGCAUCAGAUGUUUACUCGGAUGAUAGUGACAGCGAGUCUGAAAAUGAAGAUUCAAAAGAAAAAUCAAGACAAUCUCCUACUUCUGCUAGGUCCAGAUCACGUUCCUCUUCUAGUUCUAGCUCAAGUGAUAAUGAGGAACAACAAGAGGAAAAGACUCAAGUGCAUGUGCCAACCAGAGAAGAAAUAAACUUGAUUCGUCUUUCAAGACAUAAACUAGAAAGAUUUGUUCACAUGCCAUUUUUCGAUAGAAUAGCUAAAGGCUGUUUCGUUAAAAUCGGUAUUGGUCAACAAGGAAAUCUAUCAAUUUAUAGAGUUGCAGAAAUAAUAGGUGUUUAUGAAACUGCAAAGGUUUAUGUCCUAGGAAAUACUAGAACAAAUAAGGGUGUCAGAGUUAGGCAUGGUAAUCAAGACCGAGUUUUCAGAUUGGAAUUUAUUUCAAAUCAGGAAUUUACUGAUGCUGAAUAUCAUAAAUGGGUUGAAGCAACUACAGCAGCGGGUCAACCUUUUCCUACCAAACAAAUUAUUGACCAGAAACAAGCUGAUAUUAAAGAAGCAAUACACUAUGAAUUCAAUGAACAAGACAUAGAAAGAAUUAUCAAAGAAAAGGAAAGAUUCAAACAAAAUCCAUAUAAUUAUGCAAUGAAGAAAACGGAACUAAUGAAAGAAAGAGAAUCUGCCCAUUGCAGAGGAGAUGAAGACUUGGCAAGAGAGCUGAGUCAAAAAUUGGCAGAAUUAGAGGAAAGAGCUUCACAUCUUGAUAAAGUUAGGACCUCUACGAUAUCUAGCAUCUCUUACAUCAAUGAUCGUAAUAGGAAAAGGAAUAUAGAAGAAGCUGAAAAAGCAAUUAUGGCAGAACUCAAGGCAAAUAAAGGAAAAAAGGUUGAUGAUCCAUUCACUAGACGUUCCACAAAACCUACCAUGAACUUCAGACCACAAACAGAUACUUCAUCAGCUCCCGAACCUCAACCAGAAGAGACCCCUGUACAGAAAGAGACUCCCAAGCCGAAAUCCAAACCAGCUCAAGUUACACAUGAUGACCUCUUUUCAGCUCACGACUUUGAUAUUAAAAUUGACCUUGAGCUACCAUUACCAGCUAAUCCAGUUAUGGUAAUGCCUAAAGCAGUAAGCAACGACUUAGCUCCAAGGAGGAGUCUUAAUCUUGAGGCCUACAAGAAGAAAAGAGGUCUCAUAUAGUAUGAUUUAAAGUUUGACCAAUGGCCUCUGGUCCUUUUAAUUUUAUGCAAGAGCUAUCCAUCUAGUAUGAAGAGCUGAUUGUUCAAAAAAAAAAUUAUUAUUAUAUAUGUGAUAAGAUUAAUAUUUUGAUUUUGACUUAUUUCAACGUAUUUGUAGUAAAAUUGAAACAUGUUCUUUUUCAUUUGUAUUUUUGAAUAACUUAUUUUUUGUAAAUUAAUUCAGCUUUGAAAAUACAUUUUACUAUUUUUUUCUUUUA